UGUCUCCAUUAAUGCAAAUAAAAUAAUGCUCAACAAUGCCUUUUCUUUGUUAUCACUGACUCAAAAGCAAUCCAUUUCCUCCACCUUUAGCCCUAAACUUCCCUUUCUCUUCUCUCUUUCUUACUUGCCCUCUAAGAAUUGCAUCCCUCUCUUACUUAAAAGGCCAAUGAGACAUUAAAAGAGAGGAAUUCAUUUAUUCCUCCCUAAGUAUUGAGGUGAUUUGAAGGAAACCGGACGAUCGAUCGAUAUGUCGUCGACUGAUUGGGGUCCGGUAAUCGUUGCGACGAUACUCUUUAUCUUGUUGUCUCCUGGUCUUCUGUUCCAGCUGCCGGCGAGGGCGAGAGUGAUGGAGUUCGGAAACAUGGCGACAAGUGGAAUUGCAAUUCUUGUUCAUAGCAUUCUCUUCUUUUGCAUACUCACUAUUCUUGUCAUUGCUAUUGGUAUUCACAUACAUGCUGCUUGAUUCGUCUCUCUUUCAAUAAAAUUUUCUUUCUUUUUCCA